GCUGAGAAGGCGAGGGGCAGGCUCAGGCAGCUCCCCAGCGGCUCCCGCAGUGAUACAACUUGAGAAAUAACAAGGAGGGGCGGCUCAGCGUCUCUGAGUCCAAUCCUGUCUCGGGAGUGAACACGCUCCCGGGCAAGCAAGCCUGAAAGAGGCCCUGACGACUUAAAGAUUAUCAGCCAAGAGAAGCGCACCUCCGGCGCCGCUGCAUCACCGCGAGUUCUGGCCUCUCGCAUCCAGCCAGGCGUCCUCCUCCCGGCCCCGCGCCCCGAUGGCAGCCGCCGGGUCCCGGAGCUCCCUGCGCGGAGCCAGAGGUCAGCUGCUGCUGACCCUCGUGGUCUUCAGUUUUGCUUGUGAAGCCUGCAGAAAGGUGAUAUUUAAUAUACCUUCCAAACUAGAGGCAGACAAGUUGGUUGGCAGAGUUGAUUUGAAAGAGUGCCUCAGGUCUGCAGACCUCAUCCAGUCCAGUGACCCUGAUUUCAGAGUUCUAGAGGAUGGGACAGUAUACACAGCCCGCACUGUUGUGUUGUCUGAUGAGAAAAGAUCAUUCACUAUAUGGCUUUCUAACACAAAGGCACAGACGCAGAAAGAGCUUCCGGUGCUCCUGAAACAUCAGAAGAAGGUCCUCAGGAAAAGAAACACCAAAGAAACUAUUCUCAGGCGUUCCAAGAGGCGAUGGGCCCCUAUUCCGUGCUCAAUGCAAGAGAAUUCCUUAGGCCCUUUCCCGUUGUUGCUCCAACAGGUUCAAUCUGAUGCGGCACAGAACUAUACUAUCUUCUACUCAAUAAGUGGACGUGGAGUUGACCAAGAACCUUUAAAUUUGUUUUUCAUAGAAAGAGACACUGGAAAUCUGUACUGUACCCAGCCAGUGGAUCGUGAAGAAUAUGAUGUUUUUGAUCUGAUUGCCUAUGCGACAACUGCAGAUGGGUAUUCAGCAGACCUGCCUCUUCCACUGCCCAUCAGAGUGGAGGAUGAAAAUGACAACUACCCUAUUUUCACAGAAGAAGUUUAUAAUUUUGAAGUUUUAGAAAGCAGUAGACAUGGUACUACAGUGGGAGUCGUUUGUGCCACGGACAAAGAUGAACCAGACACAAUGCAUACACGCCUGAAGUAUAGCAUUUUGAAUCAGACACCAAGAUCACCUGGGCUCUUUUCCGUGCAUCCCAGCACAGGUGUAAUCACCACAGUCUCUCAGAAUUUGGACAGAGAGGUUGUAGACAAGUACUCGUUGAUAAUGAAAGUCCAAGACAUGGAUGGUCAGUUUUUUGGGUUGACGACUACAGCAACUUGCAUCAUAACAGUGAAAGAUUCAAAUGACAAUUUACCCACUUUCAGACAAAAUGCUUAUGAAGUAUCCGUAGAGGAAAACACAGUCAAUAAGGAAAUCUUGCGAAUACCUGUAGAAGAUAAGGAUUUAAUUAACACUGCCAAUUGGAGAGCCAAUUUCACUAUCUUAAAGGGCAAUGAAAAUGGACAUUUCAAAAUCACUACAGACAAAGAAACUAAUGAAGGUGUUCUCUGUGUUGUAAAGCCACUGAAUUAUGAAGAAAACCACCAAGUGGUCUUGGAAAUCGGCCUAAGUAAUGAAGCUCCAUUUUCUAGAGAUGCCGCCCUCAGGAUGACAACCAUGAACAGAGCCUUGGUCACGGUUCACGUGAAGGAUCAGGAUGAAGGGCCCGACUGCAGCCCUGCAGUCCAAUAUGUACGGAUUAAAGAAAACUUGGCUGUGGGCUCAAAGAUCAAUGGCUAUAAGGCAUAUGACCCUGAAACUGGAAGGAGCAGUGGUUUAAGGUACAAAAAAUUGAAUGAUCCCAAAGGAUGGAUCACCAUUAACGAAAUUUCGGGGUUGAUUGAAACUUCCAAAACAUUGGACAGAGAGGCCACAGGUCCCAGAAAAGAUUUGUAUAAUAUUACAGUCAUGGCAAUAGAUCAAGACGGUAGAUCAUGCACUGGAACGCUUGCAGUUGACAUUGAAGAUGUGAAUGAUAACCCACCAGAAAUCCUGCAACAUUAUCUAGUAAUUUGUAAACCAAAGAUGGAGUAUACUGACAUUUCAGCCACUGAUCCUGACGAGUCUGUCAAUGGCGCUCCGUUUUAUUUCAGCUUGGCAAACACUUCUCCAGAAAUCAACAGGCUGUGGACCCUCACCAGAGUAAAUGAUACAGCUGCCCGUCUCUCAUAUCGGAAAAAUGCCGAAUUUCAAGAAUAUUAUAUUCCUGUGACUGUAAAAGACAGAGCAGGUCAAUCUGCAAGGAAAACCUUGAGAGUAAAUCUCUGCGACUGCACACAUCCGAGUCAGUGUUACACACGGAGUGCCAGAGUGGUCCUUGGCAAAUGGGCAAUCCUUGCAAUACUUCUGGGUAUAGCACUGCUCUUCUCUAUAUUGGCAACUUUAGUAUGUGGACUUGUUAAUGCUGGAAAAAGAAAAAGUUUUCCUGAAGAUCUGGCACAGCAAAACUUAAUUAUAUCAAACACAGAAGCACCUGGAGAUGAUAAAGUGUGUUCUGCCAAUGGGUUUAUGACCCAGACAGUCAACAGCUCCAGCCAAGGCUUCUGUGGUACUCUGGGAUCGGCAGUUAAAAACGGAGGGCAGGAAACCAUUGAAAUGGUGAAAGGAGGACACCAGACCUUGGAAUCGUGCCAGGGGAUGGGGCAUCAUCACACACUGGAUUCCUGCAGAGGGGGGGCCGUGGAGAUGGACAACACCAGAUACAGUUACUCAGAGUGGCACAGUUUCACGCAACCUCGUCUUGGUGAAAAAUUGCAUCUGUGUAAUCAGAAUGAAGACCACAUACCGUCUCAAGAUUAUGUUCUUACGUAUAACUAUGAAGGAAGAGGGUCUCCAGCGGGUUCUGUAGGGUGCUGCAGUGAAAAACAGGAAGAAGAUGGCCUUGACUUUUUAAAUAAUUUGGAAGCUAAAUUUACUGCAUUAGCAGAAACAUGUGCAAAGAGAUAAUGUUACAGUUCUACAAUUAGACACGUAUUGGUUAGACAUUCUGGAACUUCCCAAAAGGGAUAUUGUAAAUUUCAGUUUAUAUCUACCUAUCUAGAUAGAUAUGUAUGAAUAUGUAUGAAAUUUUCUAAAAUUUUUGAAUUUCACUAUGCACUAAUUUGUAGUUCUAAAGCAACUUGUUACAUAUCUUUUCAAGAAGUCGAAAAUGUUAAAGCAGAUAUUGCCUCUUUUACUGCUGAGAAAAUAGACAACCAGAAGAUCUUA